GACUCUCUCCGAUCGAAUAUUGGAAAAGCUGAAGGCCCCUCCUAGGCCGGAUGAUGUAACGGACAUCAAACCGGAACAACUUCUGGAAGCUGAUGGUUUUAUAUUUGGUUUUCCUUCUCGAUUCGGCAUGAUGCCAAGCCAACUGAAGGCAUUUUUUGAUGCCACUAGUGAGCUAUGGGCCUCCCAAGCACUUGCUGGCAAGCCUGCUGGAAUCUUUUGGAGUACUGGCUUUCACGGCGGAGGCCAGGAACUUUCAGCAUUGACAGCAAUAACUCAAUUAGCUCAUCAUGGCAUGCUUUUUGUGCCCCUUGGAUACACAUUUGGAAGUGGCAUGUUUGAGAUGGAUGAGGUGAAAGGAGGCUCAGCAUAUGGUGCUGGAACCUUCGCCGGAGAUGGAACUCGGCAACCUACCGAGCUAGAACUGCAGCAGGCCUUUUACCAGGGUAAAUAUAUGGCUGAAAUUGCAAAAAAGCUAAAAAUCUAACCUUCUGCUAACAAAUUUAUUCAAGAAUGUCCUGUAGAGCAUGUUGACAAACCAUUAGACACACACGUGUGUCAAACCUUGCAAGACAUAUUAGCAACGUGUAUAUAUAUAUAUGUUCUCAAUUUCAAAAUUGUAGUUUGUACUUCAGUUGGUGAAACAUGAGUUAGACGAAGUUCUAUGUUCAGAUAUGAAGAAACAAGUUCAUUAAAACAACUUGUUCAUGUUCAUUUUUAAUA